AUGGCAACCGAAUCUGAGCCUCGAACGGUUUAUGCAGAAGAGACUCGCCUCCAAGAAGACAAAGGACAUCCAGAGGUCUUCGAAGAAUGUCAAGCCACCAAGGAUUGGGACCACCCCUCAAACCCGCCUGAGUUUCUCGAAGGUGGUUGGGCAGGUUGGGCAACUGCUGUUGGAGCCUUUCUUGUGCAGUUUUGUGGCAUUGGGUAUACUGCUUCGUUUGGUGUCUAUCAAGGUAUUGCUCCAGACAAAAGCGAGCAUGAAACAUUCAACAUAUUGCUCUCCAGACUUCUAUACUCAACAUUACCUGACAAACGAGACGUCGUCUGCUAUAUCAUGGAUUGGGAGCACAACCGCUUUUUUAGACUUGACCGUGGGCCUCGUGGCAGGUUUGCUACACGACCGAGGAUAUUUCUACCAUCUCAUGAUUGCCGGUUCGCUUCUGGAGGUUUUCUCUCUAUUCAUGCUAUCUCUGUCGAAACCCGAUCAGUACUACCAGAUUUUUCCUUCCAAGGCUUAGGCUUGGGUAUCGCAGUUGGGCUCACGUAUGUCCCUAGCGUCGCUGUCAUCUCGCAUCAUUUCCAACAGAGGCGCACACUGGUCAUGACGUUCAUCGCCAUAGGGGCAUCGCUAGGUGCUAUCAUCCAUCCGAUUAUACUCAAUAACCUCCUCAACGGCCCUCUGGGUUUCGCUAAUGGCGUCCGUGUAAGCGCAGGGUUGAUCAGCUUGUUUCUCUUAACUGCAUGUCUAUGCAUGCGAACUCGCCAUAAUCCGCCGGCGACACCGGUGAACUCUAUCGUGGGGGCUAGAAAAUGUAUUCGCGAUGUACCAUUUAUGCUCAUGGUAACAGGGAGCUUUCUUUUCCAGAUCGUCUUCUACUACCCAUUAUUCUUCUUUCAACUCGACUCUAUCAAGCACAGUAUCAGCAUUGACUUUUCAUUUUACUCUUUAGUAAUUUUAAAUGGGGCCAAUUGCUUAGGGCGAUUCACGUCAGGAUUUAUUGCGUCAUUCACAGGGGGUCCCGAACUUAAUGAUAUUUGCGACAUUCUCAUGCGCGUCGUUGUGCUUGGGAUGGUGUAUGGCUAUAUUUCAGGGCUGAGCAAUGCGAUGGGGGCUCCACUUAUGGCUCUUUUGACGCCUGACCUCUCUGAGCUUGGCGCGCGGAUGGGAAUCUGUUUCUUUGCUCUGGGAUUCGCAAGUUUGAUAGGAACACCCAUAUGCGGCGCUCUGCUCACAUCCAGUUAUACCUGGUGGGUACCGGCUCUGUUCUCUGGGAUCGUUUCACUGGCCGGUAGCAUGAUGUUCAUCUUCAUGCGAUAUACGUUUCUCAGAAAGCAGCGCGUUCAAAUUGACGUAUGA